GUGAUUGGCGGCCGUCUCUCUCCCUCUGUCUGUCUCUCUGUCUGUCUCUCUGUAGGGGGCUGAAUGAGGGGAUACACUUCUCUCAGUCUCUCUGGGCGAGUGGAGGUGAACACAUCGUGUACAGCGAGGAGGGAGAUGGAAAUCUGUCUGACUUUAAUUCUUCUCUCAUCCACACUCACACUCACAGCAGCUGACAGUGUGAGGUUGGUGAAUGGUGGAAGUCGCUGUGCUGGGAGAGUGGAGGUUCUUCAUGAUGAUCAGUGGGGAACAGUGUGUAGUACUGCCUGGGAUAUGAAAGAUGCUGCAGUGGUGUGUAGAGAGCUGCGCUGUGGGGAGGCUGUAGAUAUUAGUUAUUUUGCUGAAUUUGGACCAGGAUCAGAAGAAAUCUGGAUAUAUGAUGUGUACUGUGAAGGAUCUGAGUCGACUCUGAACAAUUGUAGCUCACAAGGGGGACAUGUCUGUGAUCAUAGUGUGGAUGCUGGAGUCACUUGUUCAGGUCAGAAUUUGAGACUCAGUGCUGGUCCUCACAAGUGCUCUGGGAGAGUGGAGGUGUUUCAUGGAGAUUCCUGGUCCACAGUGUGUGAUGCUGACUUUGACCAGCAGGAUGCAGAGGUUGUGUGUCGAGACCUGGACUGUGGGAUUCCUGUGAAGGUUCUGGGAUCAGCUGCUUUUGGACGAGGGGAGGGUCAGAUGUGGACAGAGGAGCUUCAGUGUAGAGGAAACGAAUCUGACAUUACCUUCUGUCAAUCAUCAUCUUCACUCAAACACUCAAACUGUUCCCAUGACAACGAUGUGGGAUUAAUAUGUUCUGGUCACACAGAGGCUCGGCUGGUGAACGGACCGGACUCCUGUUCUGGUCGAGUGGAGCUCCUGUACCUCGGUGUGUGGGGCACAGUUUGUGCUGUAAGCUGGGAUAUGAGAGCUGCAGAUGUUCUGUGUGCACAGAUGGAUUGUGGGAGUGCUGUGGCUAUGGUGAAGGUGGAUUGGUUUGGGGAGGGGAGUAACCACAUCUGGGCUGAUGUGUUUGAUUGUCAGGGGAAGGAGACACACCUAUCACAAUGUGACGUCUCAUCAUGGAGUCGAGCUGCAUGCUCUCAUAAACAUGACGCUGGAGUCAUCUGUAAUGGAUCCUCUGUGGCGCUUCAUGAGGGGCGAGUGUGGUUAUCUGGAGGGAGCGAGUGUCAGGGGGAGGUGGACAUUUAUUUCAGGCAGGACUGGAGGAGAGUUCUCCUGGACUCGUGGAGUCAGUCUGAGGCGUCUGUGCUCUGCAGACAGCUGGGCUGUGGCUCUGUGCUGAACUACCGCUCCUCUCCAUCCACCACUGAACACAAACACAUGUGUGUAACAGGUUUCAGCUGCUCUGGGAGUGAAGAUCAUCUGAGGAACUGCAGCAGUGCACAAGCUGAACCUGUCAACUGCAGCUCCGGUGAACAGCUCUACAUCACCUGCUCAGGUAUUUUUAACCCCACCAACAGCUCCAUCAGGCUGGUUGGUUCUGGGGGAGACUGUGCAGGAAGGCUGGAGGUUUUCCACAGCGGCUCGUGGGGGACUGUGUGUGAUGACUCGUGGGGUAUUGAGGAUGUUCAGGUGGUGUGCAGACAGCUGCAGUGUGGAGAGGCCCUCAGUAACCACAUACCAGCCUGGUUUGGUCCUGGAACUGGGUCCAUAUGGCUGAAUGAGGUGGAGUGUGAGGGGAACGAGACGUCCCUGUGGAAUUGCAGAUAUCAGCUGUGUGAAGAGGGUGAAUGUGGACACCAUGAGGACGUAGGAGUCGUCUGCUCAGAGUUUAAAGAGACCCGACUCACGGAGGGCUGUGAGGGGAAUCUGGAAGUGUUCUACAAUGGAACCUGGGGUAAUGUGUGUCACAAUCAGAUGGAUGAGGAGACGGCAAACAUGGUGUGUGGAGAGCUGAACUGUGGAAAACUCAAACGCUUGGUCUCAAACAGAGCGAGAGUCGAAUCUGCUCCUAACUGGCUGGAUCAUGUGAAAUGUAGGAAACACGACUCUAAUCUGUGGCAGUGUCCAUCUUCACCCUGGGGACAGAACAGAUGUGAUAAUCAUGAUGAAGUGGUUCAUAUUAACUGCACAGAUGAUGGAAAGUCUCCACGUCCACCAGGAAACUGCUCUUUACUUCCCUCUCAGAAACACUGCUCAAAACACUGGUCUCUCAGGCUGAGUGGAGAAAAGGGAAGCUGCUCUGGGAGGUUGGAGGUGUAUCAUAAAUCUACGUGGGGCUCCGUUUGUGAUGAUCAGUGGAACAUCAUGAACGCUCAGGUGGUGUGCAGGCAGCUGGGCUGUGGGUCGGCGCUGAGUGCUGAUGAUCAGUUUGGUUCUGGUGAAGGGACUUUCUGGCUGAAGAGAGUGAAGUGUCGAGGGGAUGAGAUUCACCUGUGGGACUGUCAUCAUUCCCUGAAGAAACACACUGACUGCUCUCCUGCUGGAGUCACCUGUGCAGACAUAUCCACUGUGUCCACUGCUACACCCAUCACCAUCACCACCACCACCACCACCAAACCAGUAAGAACUGGACCUCCAUCCUUCCCUCCACUGGUUCUCUAUGUGUUGGGAACGCUGCUCUUCCUGGCCUUAGUGCUUCUGCUGGUACUGUUUUACCAGAACAGAGUGCUCAGGAGAGUUGUCUCUAUGACAAUGACACGUAAGUCUGAGCCUGAGGCAGUCUAUGAGGAGAUCAACCACAGAUACAUGGCUAGAAGAAGCUUCACACAAAGAGGAAGUCUCCUCUCUGAAGAACAGCAUUCUGGGUAUGAGCAUGUGAAUGAUGAGCUUCUCUCAGUAAAGUCUGGGAUCAAAGAAAAGGCCGAGUAUUAUGAUGAUGUCAUGGACACCAGUGACAUCAUAAGUGAUCCAGGAAGAGUCGACCCACCAGAGGACUACGAUGAUGCCGUCACUGCUGGACCCAUCCCUGAUAACGUGGAUGAGGAUGAAGCUGAGAAUUAUGAUGACGCCAUUACAGCUGAUCAGAAGUCAGUUAUACUGACAGAGGACGUGUCCGAGAACUAUGACGAUGCAGUUACCACUGAAACAAACACAAACAUCAUCACAGACAAUCCAGAAGAUUAUGAUGAUGUCAUCACUGAGGAACAGGAUGUAGGAGAGACUGAAGGUGAGCGACUUCCUGUUUAUUCUCUAAUGUACAUAAGUUUACAGGCAGCAGAGUAAAAUAUUAAAUUAUAU